AUGCGGUUCAGUAAACGUGUGAGCCGUACAAAAUUUUCUUUGUAUUUUUAAAUUAAAAUAAUUUUUUUUCAGGAAACUAAGAUACUUUUUAAAAUGGCCCGUACUAAAACAAACUGCCCGCAAAUCGACCGGAGGAAAGGCUCCCCGUAAGCAGCUCGCGACUAAGGUAUUUUGAUUUUUUAAAUGUUCUUAUUUUUUUUUUCUCAUUUUGGCUUUAACAAUUGGUGCAGACGGAAUAAUCCAAUUUAUAUUCACUUUUUUAGGCUGCCAGGAAGUCUGCUCCAUCUACGGGUGGCGUAAAGAAGCCUCAUCGUUACCGUCCUGGAACCGUCGCUCUCCGCGAAAUUCGUCGUUAUCAAAAGUCUACGGAGCUGUUGAUUCGCAAACUUCCCUUCCAGCGUCUUGUUCGAGAGAUUGCUCAAGAUUUCAAGACUGAUCUUCGCUUCCAGUCAGCUGCCAUCGGAGCGCUUCAGGUUUGUUCAAACUUUUCAAUAUUUUUUUUUCCUUACUCCGUGCUAUAGCGCUAGAAGGCGCCGCGAGUUUCUAUUCUCGCCCGCAAGCGCCCUGGCAUUUUUCUCUGAUACAUGCGAAUUCGAAAAUAGAAACUCGAGGCUCUUUCGAGCGCUGUAGCACAAGAAAGUUUGUCGUGGACGGUUCUCAUUAAGACUUGAUGAUUAACUGACUUAUGAAAUGGAGUGUUUACUUGCUUUUCGCCAUUUUUACAGUUUAACGGUUUCAGGAGGCGUCGGAAGCCUACCUCGUGGGUCUUUUCGAAGAUACCAACCUGUGCGCCAUUCACGCUAAGCGUGUCACCAUCAUGCCAAAGGACAUUCAGCUUGCUCGUCGUAUUCGUGGAGAACGAGCUUAGACUAGGCUGGUGUAACCCUAUGCAACUUGUUAACACUACUGUUCAUCUCCAACUCGUUCAUUUUGCAAUUAUGUACAUGAAUCUUCACAAAAAUUAUAUCAUGUCCGAUCUCAUUUUUAACAUUCGUAAUAUUUUCAAUGCCGAUACACUAUGCUUUUUUGAAUAAAACUCUCGUCUGCCCAGUGUUGCUAGCAGUUACCAAAAGUAGCCUAGACGACAAGUUUCAAGCAGUUUCUUCCCUCUCGGGCCUUUAUUUUCUGCCCCAUGAUGCUUCUAGCUUCUGGUAAAAAUACUGGUGAGGCCUAGCUUUUUUGUGCAAGUGGUAUUGACAAGUUUGAACAUUUCAGGUCUUUUGAGUUUUGUACUGGUUUCUGCAUGGCUUCUUCUAGGAACACUAGUUUUCAAAAAGAGAAACUUCGAGUACGUCAGCCAAGGGGUUGUUAAAAAAGCUCUCAUCGCCAACUACACUGACGUUGUCUAUGAUCAUCAAAGGGUCAGUGCUUUAGGCAUAACUUGAGUUGUUUUUCCUAGGAUUUGAAUGCUACCAAUCUGCUCUUGGCCAUUUUGGCUACGCUCAACAGCGAGACCACUCUAAAAGAAGCAACACCACAGAGAGACUUUCUGCUGUCUUUCAAUCUCAUACUCGGCAUCGGUUAAAAUAUUUAUAAGUUUUAAAUUUUUUGAUUUUUUUUUAGGAGAUGACGUGCACGAUCCUAGUUCGCCAUUCCUCGCAGUUUACUCGUUCUUCGGCUACAUUUUUGCAACUAUUUCUGUCUUAUCGCUCUGCAAAAAAACUGGAAGAUGUGGUCGACAAACUUUACGGUUAAUUCUCGAAAAAAUUCUAUAUUUCCAUUAUAAAAGAACCAAUUUCUUUUCUCUAGAUCAUCCUGAAACGUUGAAGUUGUUGGGAGCCGAUAACGAGAAGCGUGAUCUUGUGUUGGAGUACAAGAUCAAAAGACGAGAACAAGAAGAAAAUGGAGAUAAAGUCGUCAUUGAAUCGGCAAGUUCUUCUUCAAGUCGUUGCCAAGUUCCUGUUCAGAACGCACCAGUAGAAAUGGAGAAUUUAAGAGUUUAUCAAGCUGUGCGACGCGAGUGUUUUGCUCUAGUCAGGCCAAUUGCGCCAGCCUUCAUUUUUUUCGCCCUCUACAUGAUCGGCCUUUUUCUACUGACAGCCCUGUACACUAGAGUUUCCCAAAAGGAAUACAUCGAUGCCCUAUCUUCUGUGACCGCAUAUACCACAGGACAAGGUUCGUUUCUAAUUCCAACUUUUUUCAUUCCUUUUAUUUAGGAAGUCAAUUGCUCACGUCGAGCAGAAACUUGACCGACUACUGCUUUUUUGUUGCUAGCUUGCCACUAAUGGUACACGGAUAUAAAAAGUGUUCCAAUUAGUAAUUUAAAAAAACUUUCAGAUACUUUUCUACACAAGCUGUUACAAGUUGUCUGAAAUUAUUGUGAUCUUUUUUGGAUUCUUGUUAUCGAAACCAACUCAACUUGAAAUUUUGUUCUUCGGACCUUUGAAGGAAGAGUAAUCGGUUUCUUUUCAAUAAAAUUUGUUCGUCAUCCACACUUAUGCGCUCGAAAACAGAGAAAACCUUGAAUAUACAAGUUGUUUCAAUUUAAAAAAAAAAACGAGACUUUCAACGCUACGUAGCUACUUUUUUCUUUUGCAAAAACUGUAGCUUAAGUCCUCGGCUUAGCCUGGCCGGGACUCCCAUUGUAGUUACGAUGUUGUUUGGAUAAUAGAAACAGCCAGAACAGCCGAAGACAUGCAACCGGAAACAGCUUUUUUCACACUUUUUUUUCUAUAAAGCUGAAAAAGGCAUCGAAAAACAGAUCUUCACCCGGCUCUCUCCCGACGGCUGCUGUUUCUCGAGUAAGCAGCUUGCGCACGCUUUUCAUGCAAAAGCUGAAGUCAAAAAAAAAAUUCGAGUUUCGCAAAUUUUUGCCACGGUUCUGCGUAGUGGAAGUAAAUGCCGUGUUCAAAGUAAUUUCCGCGAAAUGCAAAAUGAUCUCUGACUCUCCAAAAUUUAGUGAUCCUUUCCUUUCUCUAACGGGUAUUUUGCAUUUCGCGGAAAUUACUUUGAACACGGCAAAAUGUAAAAAUUUUGAAAAUGCGGAGCGGCUUUGAAAGGUUGCUCCACCUAGAAUUACGGUAGACAGCUAUGCGCGCGAACGUUUGAAUUUCUUGUUGCUCAAGUGCUUCAGGUGAUUUUUCAUGUUUAUUUCAGUUGUAUUUCAGUCUGUUUGGUUCUAAUAUACGGUGAUUAUUCUUCAUUGCGACAGCGAAAUGCGAAGGAAUUUUUUAUUUUAAUUUUCUAAAUUAACUGCUCGGUUUUUACGAAAUUUCCCUUUAAAAGCUAAAAAAUGCUUUCAGCGACAUUUUCAGUGCCAAAUUAAAUUUUUAAUUCGAAUCAAUCAAUCUCUUCAUUUUCGCAACAUCGGACGAGUGCAUCGUACCUUCUCUAGUAAUUAGCGCUGUUUGGGUUGAGGCGAAAAAGAAGAAGAAGUCGUCCGACGACGGGGGCCGCUAAUGGCUGUGCUUGACUUGCUUCGGACUGACACCUGCCCGAGCGAGGAAUGCUGUCGCAACUUGUGGACAUGUGGCCGCCCCCACCUGACCGCGACGCGCCCCGGCCCGCGAAGCGGUUUUUAUUCAGGCCCCCUAAGCGAGCGCGAGGAUUUUUUUCUCCGUAUUUUUUUGUUUUUUUAUUUCAGUUUUUUUCAUAUUGAAAAUGAAUGUUUAAAUUAUUUAUGAUCCAUGAAAAGUUUAAUUUUAUUGCUUUUUGAUUGAAAUAGUGCUUUUUGAUUUGACUUUUUUUCGCAUCUUUUUACUUUUUCUCUAUAAAUAAAAUAAUAUUUCAAAUAGUGGUUAGAAUGAAUUUUUUGCGAAAAAGAAAUUCCUGAUGAUGUGAAAAUUUCAAAUUAUGUCUUAUUUAUUAAUUUGUUUUCUCUAGUUCUGUAAAUUGUUCUCGCCAUUUAGAAAAACUAUUGAAUUUUUUUGGAUUAAUAUCUCAUUUCAUCGGUUUUUUUCUUCUUUAUGUGCUCGAUAAAAAUUUUUUUUUGUUUCACUUUCAUUUCAGUAAAACUUGUGCUUCUUUCGCUUUCUUAUAAUUCGCAAAAAACCCGGAGUCAAAAAAAGUUUGUAUCUACGGGUCGACCGAGCUGACCCUUUCCAAAGGCCGACCGCGGCCGCCCUCGAAUACGCCACAAAUCGGGGGGCCCUCGGUCGAGAACAGCUCUGGUUUUUGGGAAAGAUUGAGGGAAAUACUGUCGGAAUAA